UAAAACUGGUUUAAAAAAAAAUGAAUAUCGAUCAGUGAAUGAUUCGGAAAUUUCGAUCCCUUGAAAGUUUGGAUGUGAAUCCGAGAUGAAAAGUGCUGAUUGACCCGCAGCGGGGAAUCUUGGCCUCAACAGGUGUCUGUUUGAAUGGCGAAUUUCGAGACAUCCUGACCUCGAGACCUCGAAAUUUGCAAGAGGUGACAGACCCGACGACGUUGGAUUUCCCUCGUUUCCACUUGUUGAUCGGUUCCCUGCGCAAUCUCUGACCUAUAAAGGGCAGACCGUCGACUCCAUCUGCACGUGCACGCAGGUUACGUAGGUGCGUAACUAGGCAAGAAUUUUAAAGCAAGCCAAAGAGCUUGUCAGGUGCCCUGCGAGGUUCGGGGGCCCCGACUUCUUGAAUACCUGCUGAAUAACUAAAAGCCCCCUCCUCUCUCUCUCUUUCUCUCUCUUUUAUUCCACCUCUCUUCCUUGCUGAGCAUCGUCGUCGUCGGAUUUCAAUUCCCAGCAGUCCGGUUCAGACCGCCUUCACCGCUAGAACCUUUACUUCUCGUUUCUGUGAAAUUUCAAAGUUUAUUAAUAUUUUUUUUUCCUUCUGAUUUCGUAGUUCGUGAGACCGGGACCAGCAAACAAAAGAAGUUCCGAGCGACGAUUCUUUAUUCCAACGCCGGAAGUUGUCUUUAGUGCUUUAGCUUGAACGGUGCCUCGUGGCUCGAGUGAAAAAGUCGCGAAAACCGCGGCCUCUGCAGCAGCCGCACCUCCAGAUUCCACCGCUACCAACACAGGUAACACGUUGAAUUCCUGGAGGCACGUACGUACACAGUCCACGACGCUGCAUACCUCGCUCGAAGACCUGGGAAAAAAGUUGAAGAGGAGGAGAAGAAGAGAGAGAGGGAGAGUUGGGGAGAGUGAGGUAGCCAGGUAAGAAAGGUAGAGGCGGAGGGACAGGAGAGAGAGACUGCAGGUGGAAGGGGCAGCUAGAUGGAAAGGAGGCAGCCAUAAUGGCUUGAUGCGAUCUCCUCGAGGCGGCUACAGCUGCUGCGAAAUCGAAUCUAGAACUCCUUGGAUAGUUUUGCAAUCAUAACGUCUACCGCUGACUACGCAACCUCAUGUCAUUCCAUGCCCUCAGUGAUCUCUCGCCACUCGAUCAGUGAUUUACUCUAAAACACAAAUUUUCAAGUGAUUACUCACAAGUGUUCUCCUCUUCAGACAGUGUUUCCCAUCUGAGUGCUUUCGAGGCUCCACACUUCCAUCAGUGAUUUCCCCCAAUGUUUUUAGAUUCUUGUGAUUCGUCUCGUGACCCAUGAUUAGUGUCUGUGUGUGUCACCUGAAAGAAAAUAAAAAUUUUUCAAUUUGACAGUUGUCAAAAGUGCGAGAGAAGAAAUCAUCGCGUAUGUUAUUCUCAGUGUUGAAAAUCCCGUUCGGCGAGGGAUAGAGAAGAGUAGGUGAAGCGAUAGCGAGUCGUGACCGUUGAAGCGAAAAGAUGAGAGGGGCAAAUCACGACUCGGCGACGCCGUAUUGUCGCUGCAGGGUGCUCUACCUGGGAAGUUCCGUGCCACAUGCGAGCAAAGAGGGCCUACUCGGAGUGCAGGAGCCACUUCGUGAGCUCUAUCCCGAGCAAGGGGCGCUAGGAGCACGCGGCAUCGACUCCUGGCUCAGCGUUUGGAGCAACGGUCUCCUGCUGGAGAACGUCGACGAGCAUCGCAAGAAGGUCACCAGGUUCUUUCCCAUCGAGGCCCUGCACUAUUGCGCCGCCGUGCGCCACGUGAAAGGCGGCAACAGCGAUGCAUCAGCAACGCGAUUCCUCCCCCUCGACUCACCCUUCGCCCGAACACCAAGUGCCAAUCAUCCGCCCCUGUUCGCCGCUGUUCUCCGGCGAACAACUGGCAUCAAAGUUCUCGAGUGCCACGCCUUCAUCUGCAAGCGCGACAUGGCUGCCAAUGCCCUGGUGAGGUGCUGCUUUCACGCCUACGCCGACAGCAGCUACGCCAAGGGUCUCGACCCCGCCAGCCCCAACACCAACGGCACCAUCGCUCCCCAGCAGACCGGAAGUCUCUACCACACUCUCGGCGGCUCCAGCACCACGCUCGACAGUCCCCCCAUCACCAGGCUCGACACGACCCCAUCGGACGACAUGAGCCUCUACAACGGCGACGAGAACCACAAGGUCUGGGCCCGCGGUCGCGACGAAGUCGACGGCGUCUACCAGGAGCAGGGCACUCUCCGCAGCACCAAGGGCUCCAGGCCUCGCCAACUCGUCGCGCCUCCUCCCCCGCCGCCACCUCCUCCACCCCCGACCCAACCACUCAUGCUCGACGAAUCCAUGACCUCCAAAAAGAAGUCCAGCAAGAAGCUCAAGAAACUCAAAAACCGUCUCCAGGACGACCAGAUGCAGCACCUCCACCACCCCCAGAUGCACCACCAAACCCUCUACACCAACGGCCACGGCCACCACACUCUCGGCCACCCCAUCCGCCAGCAACACUACCACCCCCAUCAACUGCCCCCCAGCAGUCGAUCCAUCGCCGGCACACUCGCCCGACCAGCCCCAGUCCUCCUCGUCCCAGCCGCCACCCUCCCCAGAAAAGCCCACCAUCAUCCCCGUGGCCUGCGACCAAUCCCGGCCGCGGCGCCCGUCGUACCGGUUUUCGCACCUCUCGUGCCCCCACCGCCCGCAGCCAUGUACACCGCAGGCACUUACGGUACUGCCGGAAAUCGCGGCAGACGCUAUCCGGAAGUGGACAACUCAACGCUGAACAACUCCCGCCGCCUGGCAGCGUCACACGCCGACCUCACGGCCCCUGAGCCCCGACCCACCGAGAGUCCCGAGAACGAUUCACGAUUUGGCACCGGAAUCUACCGCCGCAAGGGCCACCUGAACGAGAGGGCAUUCUCGUACAGCAUUCGCGCCGAACAUCGCAGCAGAAGUCACGGAAGUCUCGCCUCAUUGGGCUUCAGCAUUCCCAAUGGUAAUCCCGUGCCCAAGGCCAAGAAGGACAAGGAGAUCGAGCAAUUAGUCGCUGGGCUGACACUCGACGAUGGCCAUCAUCAGGAGAAUGGACACUAUCCACCUGGACCGCACAUCAGGACGGCCAAUUCGCACUAUAAUCAUCAUCAGCAACAUCAACCGCCACAGCCUCUCCCGAGGCCACGGCCCCGCUAAGAAGAACAAUUCUUUUUCUCGCGGGAGAACUUUUACCUCUUGAUCCAAGUACUCAUGCCUUGUUCUGCAAAGGAAUUUUUUUUAUUAAAACUUCCCUUCAACCACGUAGCGCUUUGUUUCAAUAAUAAUACCGUAACUAUACCGUAAUUUUCUCGCAAAAAAUUCAUAUGUCUUAGAAGAGACUUUUUUGAAGGGAAAAAAAACUUUUUUCCGCAAUCAAAAGAAAAUCAAUUUUCAUUCAUUAAAUCUAUUUUCGAAUUUCAAUUUGUUUGAAAAUAUUUCAAACAAAUUAUGAUCCUAAAGUUCUGAACGUUGAAAUGAACGAAAAUUUAUUUGUUUCCACUUCAAAUUAAAUUUUUAUUACUGUAAAUUUAAUUGAUUAAAUUUCUAAAAAAAAUAAAAUCGUUCAUAAAAAUUCGACUUCUUAAUUUUCAGUACAAUCUGUCAUUUUUGGAAAUAUUUUUAAUAGCAUGUAUUUCGUUCAUUUAAACGUUCAAAACUAUAUUUAUAACAAAUUUAGCCCUGAAAAAAAUAUAAAAGGAAAAACUAAUUUUGAUUUUACGUUGGAAAAAUUAAAUUUCCCUUGUUGGUAACUGAAGUAUUAAUUUUUAAUGCCAUGUAUAAGCAAUUUUUCUUAAGUUAGAACAGAAUAAAGCAAAUAUUAAAAAUAUUGAAAAUAUUUAUUAAGUAAAAAAUAUUGAAAAUU